AGCAAGUGCUUCUGGCUAAGAGAAGGAGCUCUGGGAAGUACUUGAUGUAGUUUAGUAGCUGGCUCUAGAGGUGCUCUUCAGAGACUGGUGCAGAGAACUUCAGAGGAGGAGGAGGAAACAAGGUGCCCAACUCGACAGCGCAGUGUCCUGCAACUUCAUCAUAUACAACUCCUGCCUCUGACCGUCUGUCAGUUGUUGGAUACUGUGGUUAGGUUCGUCUACAGGUUUUGAGUAUCUGAAUUCGGCUUCUGAAUCUAAGCAUUCUGUGGUGCUCCCUCACCCUUUGAAGAAAUGUCUGUCACUUACGAUGACUCCGUUGGAGUAGAAGUGUCAAGCGAUAGCUUCUGGGAGGUCGGGAACUACAAGCGGACCGUGAAGCGGAUCGACGAUGGGCACCGCCUGUGCGGCGACCUCAUGAACUGCCUGCAUGAGCGGGCGCGCAUCGAGAAGGCCUAUGCGCAGCAGCUCACUGAGUGGGCCCGGCGCUGGAGGCAGCUCGUGGAGAAGGGGCCUCAGUACGGGACGGUGGAGAAGGCCUGGGUGGCCGUCAUGUCCGAGGCGGAGAGAGUGAGCGAGCUGCACCUCGAGGUGAAGGCCUCACUGAUGAAUGAGGACUUCGAGAAGAUCAAGAAUUGGCAGAAGGAGGCCUUUCACAAGCAGAUGAUGGGGGGCUUUAAGGAGACCAAAGAGGCCGAGGAUGGCUUUCGGAAGGCACAGAAGCCCUGGGCCAAGAAGCUUAAAGAGGUAGAAGCAUCGAAGAAAGCCUACCACACCGCGUGCAAAGAGGAGAAGCUGGCAACAUCCCGAGAGACCAAUAGCAAAGCUGACCCAUCGCUCAAUCCCGAACAGCUUAAGAAAUUGCAAGACAAAGUAGAAAAGUGCAAGCAAGAUGUUGUCAAGACCAGAGAAAAGUAUGAGAAGUGCCUAAAGGAGCUUGACCAGGGCACCCCCCAGUACAUGGAGAACAUGGAGCAGGUGUUCGAGCAGUGCCAGCAGUUCGAGGAGAAGCGCCUGCGCUUCUUCCGGGAAGUCCUGCUGGAGGUUCAGAAGCACCUAGACCUGUCAAAUGUGGCCAGCUACAAAAAUAUUUACCAUGACUUGGAGCAGAGCAUCAAAGCUGCAGACGCAGUGGAGGACUUGAGGUGGUUCAGAGCCAAUCACGGUCCGGGAAUGUCCAUGAACUGGCCUCAGUUUGAGGAUGAGGAAUGGUCAGCAGACCUGAAUCGAACUCUCAGCCGGAGAGAGAAGAAGAAGGCUGCUGACGGUGUCACUCUGACGGGCAUCAACCAAACAGGCGACCAGGGUUUGCAGAACAAGCAGAGCAGCAGCCUUAGUAUCCCGAGCAACCCCGCACAGUCAGCGCAGUCCCAGUCCAGCUACAACCCCUUCGAGGACGAGGACGACACAGGGAGCACCGUCAGUGAGAAGGAGGACAUUAAGGCCAAAAACGUGAGCAGCUACGAGAAGACCCAGAGCUACCCUACCGACUGGUCAGAUGAUGAAUCUAACAACCCAUUCUCCUCCACGGAUGCCAACGGGGACUCAAAUCCGUUUGAUGAGGAUACCACCUCGGGGACGGAAGUGCGGGUCCGGGCCCUUUACGACUACGAAGGGCAGGAGCAUGACGAGCUGAGCUUCAAAGCGGGGGAUGAGCUGACCAAGAUAGAGGACGAGGAUGAGCAGGGCUGGUGCAAGGGGCGCUUGGACAAUGGACAGGUUGGCCUCUACCCAGCGAAUUAUGUCGAGGCCAUCCAGUGACCGGGACCGGUGGGCAGGCUGGCAGAGCGUGGCGGCAGCUGCCCUGGAGCUCCGUUAGCUGUCAGCCUGGGCAGCCGCUCCACCGGUGCCUCCAGCCGGCCACAUGGGGCGUCCACUCCUUUUCCUGCAAAAGAUGAUGGUUCCGUUGCUUUAGGCUUCGUGGUGUCCCUUGAAGGCAGGACGAGCUGGUCAUUUCACCUGGGACUCGCCAUCCUUUCCACUCGCAGACAGAGAAAUCUGAGCACAGGCAGAUGCAGCACAGCAGAGAAAAGGCUGGGCCGCCCCCCGCCGCCCCGGCCCGCUGUGAGCUCGUCAUGAAUUUGUACAUUCGCAACCUUGUCUUCCCUUCUCUCCUCCGAGUCAAUGGUGGGUUACACUGAUUUUUGUUCUGCUUGUUCACUUUCUCUGAGAGUCCGUCCCAUCACCUGCAACUUAAAUGAACAAACUUACAUGCCAUUUCCUGAGUGAAGUUUUUUUAAUUUAAAGGCUGUGUAAAGUUACACCUUUUUUUUAUAUACCCAUUCUUCCAUUCAUUUAUACUUAAAUUAUGGCAUAGGUAGGAUGUACACCAGUCUUGACGAAAUGAUAUCUCUAUUUCCAUGUUGUACUGUCAAUCACUCAUGCCCCCGCAUGGGUUAAUCUGCGAGAAACCUAGCUCGUUUCUGUCGAUGAUGUUUGAGGCAAGAGAUCUCAGUAAAGAAGGGAACCCAUUAAGGUUGGGUUUCUAUUGUGAAUGCGCUUCAUGCGUUUGGGGCAUUUGAAUGUGAGUUUCAGAAAUAAUCUUAGGUAAUACUUGUAAAGGUUGCCAUAUUUAAAAACUAUUUUCACUCUAUUUUUGCUUAAAACUUUAUUCUUUUGCAAGCUAACAAUUUUAUCAGUGAUUUAGAAGAUUAAAAAGACUAACUUUUCAAGCAAAUGCAUCUGUAAAAUAGAUUAAGAUGCUUUAUAUUAGACUGUCAUGUCUUUUGGUGUAUAUCUGUAUAUAUUAUUUGAUAUUCAGAGAAUCUAAAGAGCUCGUCUACUGUUUAAACGAGAUGUAACGACUUUUGACAGUGGGUUUAAUUUGGUAACUGCUAGAAGCAGGCUAGAAGCAGCUGACAAGUCUGGCUGGUUCCUCUGAGACUGCUGUAGUGAAAUCUUGCCCUCACUGGUCACUCUGGGUCCAGUUUUUAACUAGCCUUAGUCCUUUCCGUAGCAGAACACUGUAAAAACUUCCAUGUCUUUCCAGCAGUUGCAAAUUUCACAGUCAUAUGUAUUUGUGAGCAAACAAAAGCUGGGUCUCAUUUAUAGCACAAGGGCCUCUUCAGGGGAGCAGAGGGGCUGGGGCAGAAGGCUACUGCAGCCCACCACGGGGGCGGAGCAGGGAACCUUUAUUUUGUGUAACUCAGAUAUUGGUGAAAUUACCACCGCCAUGCCAAGCUAUGCAUUUCCUCACCGUUUCCAGUGAGCUCCAUGUCUUGCUUGAAAAGUGAAUGUGUGUACAUGUUUGUCAUGAAAACUUACCAGCAGAAAUCCUCAUUCCUAUGCUACAGAUCUACCAAAAAUUGUCAAGUCUUUUAAGUUUAGGAGUUUCUUUAAACGUAUAGUAUUUUAGAAAAUCAAUAAACAGUUGAUCUCGUGA